CCAGAUGAACCUGGUGUGUACAAGGUGAAUAUCUUUUCAAACGAUAAACAUAUCAAAGAUUCACCAUUUGUCUUUAUGGUUGAACCAGCAGAUAAAGACAUAAAACCGCUUUCUGCUAAGCUACUGGGCAUAUCUUCCCACUCUACUAUUGCUGCAGAGGAAAACGUCGUUUUUAACAUUGAUGUGUCGUCUUGCGGUGAUAACGCCAACCCUGUUGUCAACAUUUACGAUGCAGAUUUAUCUCCAGUACCAGUAAUCGUGCAGAAGAGGUCGAAUGGGAUUUUCGAGUACAGUUUUCAACCAAAAUCUGUAGGACAGCAUUACAUUGACGCAGCAGUGUUUGGAGUUGCGGUACCAAAUACACCGUUUGUUUUUAAUGUGAAAGAACAAAUUGAUGUCGCUUCUAUUCGUGUAUAUGGACCUGGUAUUGAUGAAGAAGUUCGUUCAAAACAAACCACUCAUUUCUUUAUUGACGCUAAAGAGGCUGGCAAAGGAAAGUUAGAAGUUAUUAUGAAGGAUUCAAAGGGGCUGCCUGUUGAUAUUGCAAUUGUGGAUAAGUUAGACGGUGUUUAUACAGUAAAAUAUACGCCUCAGUUUUCAGGCACUUAUCAGGCAAGAAUAUUGUUCGAAGGUACUGAAGUAACCAAUCGUGAAAUAACUGUUAAGCCAUCUGUUGAUUGGUCCAGUAUGCGUAUAGAAGGCCUCAAAGAUGAGGAAGUGCUGCUUGGGUACCAUAAAGAGAUCGUAAUAGACGCUGGAAGGACGUUAUCAGCUGAUGAAAAAUUGCAGGUAAUCACUUCUGAUCCCGACGGUAAGAAAUAUGCUGUUAAACUGGUUUCUACGUCACCAAACACCAAUUCAGUAAAAACUUUAGGCCAUUGGAGUGCGCACAAAAUUGGAACAACUGAAUUUGCGGUUCUUCUGGAUGAUGUACCGGUAUGUACAUCAAAGACGGUUGUUCUUGAAGGAGAGGAUGCCAGCAAAUGUCGUGCGGGAGCUGGUGAGGGUUCAAUCGCAUUAACGAUUAAAGGGCCGUCAGAAUCGAAAACUUCAAUAACAGAUCAUUCGAAUGGCUCAUGUACUGUUGAAUAUACGCCUCUCUUACCAGGUCUAUAUGAGAUUAACAUCACGUUUGGAGAAAAGAAGAUGGCUAUUCCUGGCUCCCCAUUUACUGCAAUAGUAGAUUAUCCGAAGGAUCCAUCAAAGAUAAAAAUAAAAGAUUUUCUUGAUGUUUUACCGGUUGGAGCAUCAAAUAUUUUCACCAUUGAUGCUUCCAGUACGGCGAAGGCUCCUAUUGCCGUCAUCCUGCCGAAAGACCAGCAGGAAGCAGAGGUAAAGGAGGUGGAGCAACGGAUUUACCGAGUUACAUACAGUCCCAGAGGUGUUCCAGGUGAUAUAGUGCCGGUGACAGUUGCUUACGAUGACACUCCAAUACUACAGAAUAUGCAUACUAUUUAA